AUGGACGAGGACGCCGACCACGAGGACCGCACGCCCCCGAAGCACCCCGCGAAGCGCCCCGACGUCGCGGAGCGCAUCCGACUCCGGAAGGACAAGGAGACGUCGGUGGUGCAGAUGGGAUGGAGGGCGCUCUGUCGGGACAUGCGUAUCACGGACCGCAUCGAGCAGAUCAUCCCCGAGGUCACCCGCAUCCGGGUCGAGACGUGCCUGCUGCUGAACCUGCACUUCAUCCGUCUGUUGGAAGAGGGCAAGGCCAUUCCCCCCAUCGACCAGAACCUCGUGGGACGGGCGAUGCAGUGCACGUACUCCAAGCGCCCUCCUGCGGACCCGGACCUGCACGAGACCUUCAGGGCUCACUACUUGCCCCUGUGCGUCAACCGCCCCGCCAGCUCCUGCCUCCCCCGCAUCUCUGACAUCCUCCUGGACCAGCGCAACCAGCUGCUGAGCAACGUCAAGAACCACGUGGCCGUCCGCUUCGAGGCCCGACACCGCGCGUUCGUGCGCCUCCUGAUCGAGGAGGCGGCGCAGGAGGUUCCCUUCCUCGCUGCGGCAAAGGAGGACCUGGACUCAUGCACCCGGAUCCUGACGACGGCCACGCUGUGGCGCCCGAACGAGUCCAUCGAGCAGCUCCUCCCCGAGUACCCUCGCCUGUACGGCGUCAUCCCACCCGAGGCGGCCAGGCGGCUGCAGGCCCUGGCGGACGCCAUCCGCCCCCACGUCGGCCCGCUCCCCGCCGCACCGGCGGCCAAGCCGCACCUCUACCUGCCAUGGCUGUCUCGUAUCGCCAGGGAGUUCUCGGACCGCGGGCGCCGCUCCUUCGCGCUCGUGCCCCAAGCCGCUUUCUCGGCCCCCUUCCUGGCGAUCACCCCGACCACGUGGCCGGAGCUGCUCCCGAAGGCCGGCAAGCGGAAGGCCCCGGAGGCUUUGCUGGACGCAUUCCCCGCUAUCGGGCGCUUGACGUCGCUGGGCAAGUCCUUCGCGAACCGCAUCACCACGGAUGGGGUGUCUGCGAGCGAAUACUUCCUGGUAGAGAAGAAAAGGGCUCCGAAGGAGGAGCGGGAGGUCCGGAUCCACCCGAAUCAGCGGGUGGUGGGACUGGAUCCCGGGAAGAGCCCGGACUUCCUGACGGGAGCGACCGUUCGAGGAGACUGGAACGGCACCGACCGACAGAGCGGUGAGCUCCAUCUCGGGACCAGGGAGUUCUACCACCGGGCUGGGUUCAAGAAGCGCACGUUCCUGAUGAGCCGGUGGAUGGCCAGGGACGCGGAUGUGGCUUGGUUCAACGAGAGAGCCCCAUCCGGAGACGGACUGGGCCUGGAGGAGUUCGGCGGGCGAGUGACGGCGGUAACCGGUAGCAUGUACGCGCUCAUCCGCUUCCAUACCGCACGGAGGGUCCGGAAGCUGAGGAGACGAGUGACGGUCCAGAAGCAGCGGGAGGUGGACCGGGUGUGUGCGGAGAUAACGGGAGGGAAGAGGGCCGUGGUGGCUUUCGGUGCGGCUACGGUGGGGAAAGGAGGGGCCAAGGGCCAAUGCGGCCCGUGCGAGGCGGUGAGACGGCGGCUGAGUAGCCAUCAUGGGGCGACGGUGGUGAUGGUGGAGGAAUUCAGGACGAGCCGGAGGUGCAGCACUUGCCUCUCCGGCGUGGGGGGAUUCAUGGUAUCGAGGAGGCGCAGGAUCAUCGAGGAUGGCGUACCCACAGUGAGCAGAGGAGGGGAGGGGAGCUACGAGACGUGCCACAACGUGCGAGCGUGUACGAACCCGCUGUGUCGCAUAGUGUGGAACAGAGACGUCAAUGCAGCCCGUAACAUAGCGUGGAUAUGCGUGUCGAUGGCGAGAGGCGAGAGCAGGCCGGCAGAGUUCACCAGGGCAGGCGUGUGGGGAGGUGCUACUCGAAGGAUCUCACCCUAG